UUAACUUCAUGAAACACGAUGGUUGGAGGUAGCAGCCGGUAUUUGUUAGGGUCGAAAUUUAUCUUUUAGGUUCGAAAGUUUUCCGUUGUGGAAAUUAACUUUGGCUACGUAGAGUAUCUCGCUAAUAUCACCGCCGACCCUCAGCUGGGGACUGAUUUUCCUCACCCUUGUUAAACCUUUCAUUUUUACAUCGACUGUAAGUGAACAGUAUUAAAACGCAGUUGACAAAGACUGGGAGAACGAAAUACGAGUGUGCCGUGUUAUUACAGUACGCCUUGGGCUGUCAGGUUGUGAACAGCUUGUCUCUUACAGACCAAGCACUACUAGUACUUAGGCAGUCACUAAAUUUCUACCUCCACGGGACAUACUGUAUAAUAAUUAUCCGUGUCUGCGUGUCUAAAGGAGCUGCGCUAUUUACUUUAGCAAAAUCCAUUCCCAAGAUAUUUAGGAUUGUUUGGCAAAGCUCUCCUUGUGCGACCACUGAGGUAGACUGAGCUCCGCUGUCAAGAUCAGCUUUAAACGCCUGCUUAAUGGGAGAGAAGAGAUUCUAGACUCCAAAGGAACUUCGUUCUUAUCUGCCAAGAUACAUAUUAUUUUUGCUCAAAAAUAAGCCCAGCAUAUUCGCGAUACUCUAAGUGUUCUGUAGCCGAUGAUGUUGAGGUGCCGCUAACAGGCUAAAUGCAGCGUUGCUCAAGAAGGCUUUUCUUUUUAUGGAUUUGACGACUGUUUGAUUGGUUGGUGAUGCCCAUUUACAUCAUCGACCGAAAAUUUCCAGAGACACCUGGUGCAUUGUUUCAGGCCACAUCAGAAAGGCAGAUGGAUACAGCAGACAAUAACGCUUCAAAAUCGAAAAAGAAGUUAAGAUGGACUUCACUGGAGAUCGGACUCACGACUGUGGUGUCUCUUCUCCUGAUUGUGGUGAUUGCUCUGAUCAUUUUAGUUUCAACACAAGGCGGUGAUGGGAUUUGCAAGUCUGCAGACUGUACAAAGUCAGCUGCCCGGCUAAUUGAGAACAUGGACACCAGUGCUAAUCCUUGCCAAAAUUUUUACCAGUAUGCCUGUGGAGGCUGGUUAAAGAAGAACAUUAUUCCUGAAACCAGCUCCCGUUACAGCACAUUUGAUAUCCUGAGAGAUGAAUUAGAAGUUGUCCUUAAAGAUGUUCUUGAAAGGCCUGACCAAGGAGACAUCAGUGCACUGACCAAAGCAAAGACACUGUACAAAUCAUGCACAAAUGAAACACAAAUUGAAAGCAGAGGUGGCGCUCCCCUGAUAAGCAUCUUGCCUGAUAUUUUUGAGUGGCCUGUAGCGACUGACAACUGGGAAAAUGAGUAUGGUAAAACAUGGACAGCUGAAGAUGCAGUUGCCAAACUAAAUGAAAAAUAUGGAAAGCGAGUUCUUGUCAAUUUCUUUGUUGGAACAGACGAUAAAGAUUCUAACGUCCACAUUAUUCAUUUUGAUCAACCUGGGCUUGGUUUGUCUUCACGAGACUACUAUGAAUGUACGGGUCCCUAUAAAGAGGCAUGUGUCGCUUACAUGAAGUUCAUGACGGCAGUGGCGAAACUGAUCAGAGAGGACAGAAACAUGACUGUGGAUGAGGCCAACAUCACCGCUCAGAUGCAAAGAGUGAUGGCUCUGGAGAAAGAAAUUGCUCAUGCAACAGAUAAGCCAGAGGACCGUAAUGAUCCUGUUCUGCUCUAUAACAAAAUGGAACUGGGAGAAAUGAGGAAAAACUUCUCCUUAGAAAUUGAUUCAAAAGAAUUUAACUGGACCCGUUUUGCUAACAAUAUCAUGGGAGCUGUGAAUAUUACUGUCACAGAGCAGGAGGCUGUUGUUCUGUAUGCCCCUAAUUACCUGAGGAAACUGAAUCCUAUCAUUUCUAACUACACCGCCAGAGACAUUCAAAAUUACAUUGUGUGGCGCUACAUCAUGGAUCUGGUGAACAGUCUGAGCAGAUCCUACAAAGACACAAGGAAAGCCUUCCGCAAGGCCCUUUAUGGAACAACCUCGGAAACAGCUGUGUGGCGUCAGUGUGCCAACUACGUCAACAGCAACAUGGAGAACGCAGUGGGGAGACUGUACGUUGAAGAAGCUUUUGCUGGGGAAAGUAAAGAGAUGGUGGAAGAAAUGAUCGCUGAGAUCCGGGAGGUAUUCAUUAACACUUUAGAUGACCUUCAGUGGAUGGAUGAGGAAACCAAGAGAAAAGCAGAAGAAAAGGCAAGAGCUAUUAGGGAAAGGAUUGGAUACCCAGAAAAUAUCAAGGACAACGCCCAGCUGGAUAAAGAGUAUAAAGAUUUAAACUACAAUGUGGAAGAAUACUUUGGAAAUAUCCUCCAGAAUCUGGAGUUUGGACAGAAGAAACGUCUACAGAAACUCAGGGAAAAAGUCAACAAAGAGGAGUGGAUCACUGGAGCAGCUAUUGUCAAUGCCUUCUAUUCUUCAAGCAGAAAUCAAAUCGUUUUCCCCGCUGGAAUUCUGCAACCCCCCUUCUUUGACAAGGGUCAAUCCAAAUCCCUCAAUUACGGUGCGAUUGGCAUGGUCAUUGGCCAUGAAAUCACCCAUGGCUUUGAUGACAAUGGUAGAAACUUUGACAAAGAUGGAGACCUCACAGACUGGUGGACAAAGGAGUCAGCUGCUAAAUUUAAUGAACUUUCCAAGUGCAUGAUUGACCAGUAUGGGAACUUCUCCUGGGAUCUAGCUGGUGGUCAAAAUCUCAGUGGAGUUAAUACUUUGGGAGAGAACAUUGCAGAUAAUGGUGGAGUCAGACAAGCAUAUCAAGCAUACCAAAAUUACAUUAACAAAAAUGGACAGGAGGAGCUACUGCCAGGAAUUGACUUGAACCACAGACAGCUAUUCUUCCUCAAUUUUGCACAGGUGUGGUGUGGUACCUAUAGACCUGAACAUGCUGUUAAUUCUAUCAAAACUGAUGUGCACAGCCCUGGAAAAUUCAGAGUUUUAGGGUCAUUACAGAACUUUCCAGAAUUUGCUGAAGCCUUUUCUUGUCGCAAGAAAGAUUACAUGGCGCCACUGCAGCAGUGUCGAGUGUGGUGAAGUGGGCAACAACUCAAAGAAAGACCCCUUGUCAACAGACUGUUAGACUCUAAUUGCAGGGAUUCCACUGAAUGUGUACAGGGGAGGGUUACUGAAUGCAGUGCCCUCUCACACAGAACUGUUCUUUCUUUCCUACCUAGUAAAUGUGCUAAAUUGUAAUUAAUCUUCAAACAGUUCAUUAAACUAGAUUUGAUUUUUUUUAAAGCCGGUAUUCAUGCACAUAAAGUAUAGCAGCACAAAAACGGAUCUGAACAUUUUCUAUAUAAAGAUUUUUCAUAAAAAUUGAAAUUACUAGUAUCGCAUAUAUUGUGUUGUGUUUCUACAGUAGUUUUACACUUCAUGUAUAAUUGUUUCUUUGAAAACAGAAAAAGCCUUAUGAACUUACUUUUUUAUAUGAGUUAAAUUGUGAUUCCUGGUUAAGGGGGCUUGAUUGACUUACUCAUUUGCAGAAAGUCAAGAUACGACUUUGAGGCAAAGCAAGUAAAAAUAACAUUUACACCAAAGAUUUCAAAUUCUCUCAAAUGUACCCUGUACAUUUCCUCUCACAAAACUAAUGAUUUCAUUUAUAAAAUUUUAAGGAUUCAUGACUAAUUUGACUUUAGAAAGAUUACACUGAAUGUUAUCUCUUAAGAGUAGAGGGGGUUAAUACUCAAGAUGACUUCAGUCUUUGCUGAUAGUACUCCUACGAUACACCUACUCAAGUGAUAUCGUUUUCUGAAAGGAAUGUGCUCACUGCUUACAUUCAAGAGAUGUACUUUUUGUCAAUUUUCUUUAUAUGGGAAGUUAAAAUUCUAUAAAUGAUAUUUAGGCCAGUAAUAAAAGAAAACAAAAUCCUGUAUCAGAAAGGCAAGAUACUGUGUUUCUUUAUUGCUGUUUUUGUCAAAUCCUUGCAAUCUGUAGUAUCUGCCAUUGAAGGUGAUACAUUUUAAACAUCACACUUCCAUAACUUUAAAGUUAAAUACCAUUAGUCCAAGGUGUAUUAAUACAGUAUUUAGAAAGUUAAACACAAAUACCUCAGAUGCCUGGAUUUAGGUACUUUGUAAGAAACAUAUUCAGAAAUAAUUUGUUAAUAAAUUCUAACAUAAAAGUG